GGAACAGAUACACUGGCUGCUGCUAUUGAAGCAUUUGAAGCAGACAGGAAAGAAGGAGGGGGCACGGGUUGGGCAGUCACGAUCAGAUUUUUCUUCUGCAGCUAAGAACUGGCACUCGACCGAAAAACAAUUUAAAUAAAGGGCAACUGCAACCACAGCGGGUCUCCUAGAAUCAGCGGGCCCUGGGCACAUGCCCCCUUUGCCCCUUUAUUAAAGUAGUAGCCCUGGAGGCAGAGAGCAGCGGAGUCCCAGGAUGGCGGGGGCUGGGGGGAACCGGAGCUGACAGCGAUAGUCUCCGUGGGACACAGACACAGAUGGCAGAGACCUCGUUGGGGGUAGAGGUUUUUUCAGCAUGACAUUUUAAGGAAAACCGUCAUUUCCACAUUUUCAUGAAGAAGUACUUAAUCAAGAUGAUUGGAAAACUCAAACAAAACCUGCUCCUGGCCUGUCUUGUUAUAAGUUCAGUGACUGUAUUCUAUUUAGGGCAGCAUGCAAUGGAGUGUCAUCAUCGGAUAGAGGAACGCAGUCAGCCUGCUAAAACUGAGAAUGCAAAGGCAACAUUAAGAACUGAUAUCAAAGGAAAUUCCAACUUUACAUAUGAUAAGGACAUGCCGUUAAUUUUUAUUGGAGGAGUCCCUCGGAGUGGAACAACACUUAUGCGUGCCAUGCUUGAUGCCCACCCAGAAGUUCGUUGUGGAGAAGAAACCAGGGUUAUCCCUCGCAUUUUGGCUGUCAAACAAAUGUGGGCACGAUCAAGCAAAGAGAAAAUAAGGUUAGAUGAAGCUGGUGUUACGGACGAAGUGCUAGAUUCAGCCAUGCAGGCAUUUUUAUUGGAAAUCAUAGUGAAACAUGGAGAACCAGCACCAUAUCUUUGUAACAAAGAUCCAUUUGCUUUAAAAUCAUUGACUUAUUUAGCCAAGAUAUUCCCAAAUGCCAAAUUUCUUCUGAUGGUGAGGGAUGGACGUGCCUCCGUACAUUCCAUGAUUUCAAGGAAAGUCACCAUAGCUGGCUUCGAUCUAAAUAGUUAUCGAGACUGCUUGACAAAGUGGAACCGUGCUAUUGAAACCAUGUAUAAUCAAUGCAUGGAAGUGGGUUAUGAUAAGUGCAUGUUAGUACAUUAUGAACAACUGGUUUUGCAUCCAGAAAGCUGGAUGAGAACUCUUUUGAAGUUUCUUCAUAUACCAUGGAGUGAUGCUGUGUUGCACCAUGAAGACAUGAUUGGCAAAGUAGGCGGUAUAUCGUUAUCUAAAGUUGAAAGAUCCACGGACCAAGUUAUCAAGCCAGUAAAUGUUGAAGCUUUGUCAAAAUGGGUUGGGAAAAUACCAACAGAUGUAUUAAGAGACAUGCCUGUCAUUGCACCAAUGUUAGCCAAACUGGGUUAUGAUCCAUAUGCAAACCCACCCAACUAUGGAAAACCAGAUCAGAAGGUCCUUGACAAUACAAGAAGGGUUUAUAAAGGUGAAUUUCAACUCCCAGAUUUCCUAAAAGAGGUACCUCAGACUGCAGCUGUGGAGUAGAGUCGCUGAGUCUUCCACCAAGGAAAAGACCCGUUGCCCCUUGUGUCAGACAGUUUCAUUUCCUUGCUGCAAGUGGUGAAUGAUACACAGUGGAACAUCUCUAUCUUGCCAUGCCUCCACAAUUAGUACUGAUUUACCUGUAUGAGUAAAGGCACUUCUCACCACCCAUUCCCUCGCAGUGGUGUAGUAUUGUAUUUACCAGCUGUGUUUUGUUUCUAUGUACAUUUUAAUAAUAACUAUAUGUUAAAAUGUUGUGAAGUUUAUGUUUAUCUCUUCUCUCCCAGAGGCCUAUCGGGUAUAGGUUUGCAGUACUUAAGAACUCUCUAUUAAAUAUUGCUGCUUAUAUAGCACCAAACAAAUCCCAUGAGGCUGUGAAACAGAUGUAUAUUUAAGACACAAUUAAAUACACAACAGUGUUCACCAGCAGUGACUAUGUAGCUAGAUACUGACCUACAGUACUUAUACACCUAAAUAAGUAUUAUUCAUUCAUUUGCCAACCAUAACACCUCAAGAGUCAGCUAUAAAACAAUCCACAAGACAACAUCUAAAACUAAAAGCUGUGUGCUGAUUUACUUAUGAGAGUAUACAAACGCACAGUGUAAGAUUGUGUUGCAUGAAACUAUAUGAAAUCAGAAUUCUAGUAGCAUACACUUUCCAGUAAAAUAUGUCCAGUAUUUCCUAAAGAACUGAAUUCUUAUAUAAAAGGAUAACAUAGUUUUUUAUUUAUUAUUAAACAGUUAACAGCAGAGACUAUGAAUAUUCUCAAAGAACUGAAACAUGAUUGUUUUGGAGAAGCAUGAGGCUGGGGGUUAUUUUGAUUAGGAAUAAUUGCCCAUCAGUCUGGUUGCUUCCAGUUUGCAUAUAGAGAGAAUAUAAAGAGACUCAUACAUCAGACGCUGCUGUGCAGUGCUCUAUUGUACCACACAAUUUCCAUUUUAAGAUUUAUCGGGUUUUAUAAGAAACACUGAGGUAAUAUAACUGAAAUAGUCCUAAGAGGUAGUGAAAGCCACUAAUGAACUGAUUGUGUAAAAAAAAGGAAUACGCAGAUUUCUUUAAUUAUUUAAUAAAAUUUUCCAAGGAAUUGUGGGUAUUAUAAUUUUAAGAAAAUCAUGUACAUUUACAAUUUUAUUGACUUUUUGUAUUUUAUUUUUCAAAAUAAAAGCUUUAAAUGUGA